UUCCUUUUGAAUGCUCGUGACGCCCCCGAACCACUACCACCCUGGGUGGGUGACCCAUAUUGCUCAUAAAAAACUGCUACUGACAACAGAUUCAACAGAACAGGGGAAAGCUUAUUAUAACAAUUAUGGAAAUAAGAUUGGAAAAAAAUGGCAGAAUUUUUCCAUAUAUGAAAUAACCUAUAAGGCUAAUUAGAAGACAUAGAAAGACAGCUUAUACACAUGUAUAAAACUUCCUGAAUUUACUCGUUACACUGCAGGCUCUAAAAAAAUGAUAAUUUAUCAGGGUUAAAUUAAAAGGAGUUGGCUCCACCCCCUCGUAGUGUUCUCAGCCAAUAGGAGCGCUCCCUGGAUUACCCAGAUCUUAUAAAGUGGGUGCUGAGGCUGAGAAGACUGUCCACUUUCAGAGCAGAAACGCGCCUCAUUGUACAGGAAAACUGGUCCGAACCGGUUCAUCAGGUCCUAAACUUACAUCUGUUUAACUGGUAGAAACUGGUUCAACAGGCGGAUUUAAGGAAGCAGCGUGGCAAUGGAACACUCUAAGAAGCCAAAGUACAGCUCAGGAGACACCAAGGACUCCGGAGACAGCGUCUCCGUCCUCAACGGACACUUUGACGGGAUAGUGAAGCGGCCAGCAGUCGCCUCGCAGGCAGCGGAGUCCGGCUCCCACCGGGCGACUACCUCGGUGAUGGAGAGCUGGAAGGAGGAGCGCACCAGGAGCCUGGAGGACAACGAGAUGAGCCUGCCGUCCCUGGCCGCAGCCUAUACCACCAUCCUGCGGGGGCUUGGGGAGGACCCGGAGCGGCAGGGGCUCCUGAAGACCCCCUGGAGGGCCGCCACCGCCAUGCAGUUCUUCACCAAGGGCUACCAGGAGAAAAUUAUCGAUGUGCUGAACGAUGCGAUCUUUGAUGAAGACCACGACGAGAUGGUGAUCGUCAAAGACAUAGACAUGUUCUCCAUGUGUGAACACCACCUGGUUCCCAUCUUUGGCAGGGUUCACAUCGGUUACCUCCCCAACAAGAGGGUUCUGGGCCUGAGCAAGCUGGCCAGGAUUGUUGAAAUCUACAGCCGUCGACUACAAGUUCAGGAGCGGCUGACCAAACAGAUUGCUGUGGCCAUUACUGAGGCCCUGCAGCCCACCGGGGUUGGAGUUGUUGUCGAGGCAACCCACAUGUGCAUGGUGAUGCGAGGCGUCCAGAAGAUGAACAGUAAAACCGUUACCAGCACCAUGUUAGGAGUCUUCAGAGAAGAUCCAAAAACCCGUGAUGAGUUCCUGACCCUCAUCCGAAGCUGAAGAGGAAGAACCUCCUUCUUCUCCUGUUGCCUGGAGUUACCUCCACCUGCACGGACCACCUGCCGUGCUAGCUGUAUGUGUGUGUGUUUGUGCGUGGGUGUGUUUCCGUCUCACUGAAGACAGUGAAAGGGUGUUUACUCUGUGUUUUUGCUCACUCUGUAAUGACGUGAUGAAGCGGCAUGUUACCUCAGCAAUUUCAGCUCAAGGCCGCUGACAUUCCUGUUUAAACUCAGACAGCGCAACACACUUUACCCUGUUUUUUUUUUUGUUUUUUUUUUCCAUGUGUGUGAAUGUUCACUGGCCUCCAAAAAUAGUUUAUCCUGAAAACCGGUUCUAGAAAAAACAACCCUAAAGCAUUUUCAUAUGACAUGCAGCAAGUUCUAGAAUGAAUUUAUCCAGUCGUAAAGUCACCGUCUUACCUUAAGGAUGUGUAUCGUAUCAGGACAUAAGGAACUUAUAUUUACUGUUUCAAAAAUUUUAAAAUCUAACCUCAUUUAUAAAAACACACAACACACUACUAUUAUUUAUUAAACAAAGAUAAAGCCUCCAAAAUGCAACAGGUUGUGGAGCCAACAGUACCUGGCAGUUUUCCCUUCUACCUUCUCAGUCUCUCACAUCACUUUUCUUCAAAGUUCUGUUCAUUGAGAUUUGCAGAGGUUUAUUUCAUUUCAAUCAUUUUCAGGUCUAUACUUUGGGCAGGAGUGUGAUUCUUUUCUUAUGUAGCCAUUUUGUGUUGGUUUGAACCUUUGUUUGAGGUCAUGUUCUACUGUUGACCCGAUUUGGGCCAAGCUUUUCUCGUUGGACAGAGGGUCUCAACAAACGAACAAAGGAGUUGGCUCAAUGCCUGCGUUUCCAUUGACCAUCAAAUUACACAAAUUGUAAUUACGAAAAUAAAUUCGCUUAAUGGAAACACAGCAAUUUUGAAAAAACCUCCAACAGUUUUUUCGAUAUGAAGGUUUUGUGCUUGGAUGAGGUGUUUUUUUUUUAAGGUGUUUGCGAACCUCCAAUGGAAACACAUUUUUCACAUCACAAAAAUAACGUGAUCAGCAACCGGAUGUGACUACUGGCAAAAAGACGAAGAUGAAAAAAGGUAGUAGGAUGAUGAUGUUAUAGUGUGAACAAACUUAUUCACAUGUGAUUUUAAUUGCAUUUCUUAUUUAAUGGAAACAACGCAAUUGCGAAAUUGUUUUUUUUUUUUUACAUUAGCGGAAUAUUGACAAAGUUUUGCACACAUUUGUAAAGGAAACGUAGCUAAUGCUGUAAGAUACCCAGUCUCCCCAAACCAUCACUAUGCUCAACAGUUUGUAUCAGGUGUUUCUCAAAGCAUGGAGCUGUGCACCAAGCCCAAACACCUCUGUCAACAUUGGUCUCAUCUGUCUAAAGGACUCUGUUCCAGAAGUCUUUUGGUUCAUUCAGAUGCAACGUUGCAAACUUAAGUCAUGGUGUCAUAUUCUUUUUGGAAGAGGCUUUCUCCUUGCUAACUGAGGUGUGUAGAGUCUGAGAUAAAGCUUUGUUUUAUGGGCUUGGGAUGAAUUUGCUCAGACUUCCCCUCUGGGAAGAUAGACAAUUAUCUUGUUUGCACUUGUGGAUAAUGUUUAUUUCCAAAGAAUGAUGAACUUCGGAUUGUUUGGUUUCUAUUACUUCCUAGGACAGCAACGGUUACUUCAUUGCUGAAGUGUUUCCUCCCUGGCAUUGUGUUUCAGAACAACCAAACUACCAAAACCACUGUUUUUAUAGAGGUGGUCGCAGUUUAUGACCCUCAGUUAAUCUGAGACAUUUGAUUGGCAUCACCAAGCUGUUUCUGUCCUUCUAAUCCUAUGGAAGAGGCAAGGGUGUACUUAGUUUUUCAAAAACAGCCUUUUAUGCCUUGGUUUUAUUGUUGUUUAAUUAUUAAUGGCGUUAAAUUUGUUGUGUAUUUUUCUAUGCUUAAGGUUAGAUUUGACUCAUUUUAGAACUUGGUUCUAAGAUCUUUAUUUAUGUCCUGAUACAUAAAACCCAAGAAUGGAAAGGCGUACUUCCUGUCACCAAGACUGUAGUUCAGAAACCACGCAAAAUGUUGUUUUAGAGGUGAUUUGCAAUGACUUGCACAGUUUUACUUUUCAAGGUUAAAAAAAACAUGAAAGCAAAAUUAAAUCAGAUUUACCUGCAAAAAGCUCCCAGGACCUUAAAGCUUUGGUUUACUAGUUUUCCUUAAAAUUAAAGACAACUGAUGUUUCACUGUGAAACAUAAACAGCACGUUUGUAUAAGUGUCAGUGACCCGCAUCCUUUCAGUAUCUGUUGAAAUGUGUAAUUUCACCAGAAACGUACUAACGUUCAUCUACACUUAAAAAUUAUUUUAUUGCUUUAUCGCCCACUCAAUAUAGAGAAGAAAAAAAUACCUUUUAACCUGCACAUUUCAAACUACACCAACUGAAAAGAAAAAACAAACACCUGAUAUCAUUUUUUACCGACAACUUACAAUAUAAACUAUACAUACCUAGAGAGUAUUGUUAUGUUUAACUUUUGCUUCAACAUUUAGAUAUCAUUUGUAGCACGCUACAUGCUAAUUAUGCUAAGUGCUAAUUUAGUUAAAUGUUGACUGUUCUGCUUCCUGAUUCUGCUUAUUUUAAUUAACGUAUUGCUGUCAAUUCUACAUGAUGAUUAAGAUACAUGCUAACUACUCUGAAUGCUAGCUAUACUACACGAAAAGUAGGCUACAAACCUUUCACUGAAGUAGGUGGAAGAGAAUUAAAACAAAGUAUUCUGUAAAAGCUUCCUGGAGGACAUUUUAAAAGUGUUUAGUGCAAAACAUUUAGAAGCCAGCAUUCAAUAAAAUAGAUCUAAUUUACGCUGUAAUUUGCAAUGUACCAUUGAUACAGUUCUACUGCAGCAUGUUAUAUGCUAACUGUGCUACAUGCAAACGUCUUUCCAAUAAUCUUUAAAAUCCUACAGAUCUGAUGGAAAGUCCAGAUGCUAAACAUCAGAAAUGUCUGAGGUAUUAUAACCUCUGGGUAUUUUUACUGAAUCUGAAAAUCACAAUAAUGAUCAUUGGGUUUUAGCAUUAGCUAUAUACUUCUUUUUGUUGUAUCACAUAAAUUUCAUAUAAAUAACAUUUUCAAUUGAAAUCACAAUGUAAAUUUUUAUUGACUAUUCUCAGAAUCGUGUUAUUUUGAGAAAUGCAAUUUUACAGCACUUAAAGACUAUUACAAACAAUUACAUUGGUUUAAAAUUGUAAUAUUCUAUCCUUCCUUCCUAUGUCUUUAAACUUUUAAAACACUGAAAAAUCAUAACAAAUAAAUUAUUUUCUGCUAAUUAAGACAAUGUUUUUAAAAUCAAACUUGUACUGAAUUAUUGUUGUAACUAAGUGCAUCUGGAACCAAUAUUGGUUCCAGAUGCACAACGCCAAUAUUGUCCCUUUUUUGAAACAUUUCUUUAUUCUUUUGCGGGGAAAGGCCUUUAUCUGCCAACCAGCCUCUGAAUUAAAACCGAAAAGAUAUUUUGUCAAUGAAAGGUUUGUUAAAUGUAUUUUUGUGUGUGUGUGUUUUCUUCAGUUUUCAUCCUGGCAGAUGAACACUGCGGAGACAAGUUUGUGUUGUUUUGUGACUUUGUGUUUACUGGUGCAACACAGCUUUGCAUUCCAGUGCAUCUCAAUGUCCGCUUUCUGGUUUUAAUUGUGCAGCUGUAAUUGUCUGUGUAUUACUGUGUGUGUGUGUGUGGUGUGAUAGAGGGAAGAUAAAUGCUGUGAAAAAACAAAUGCUUUAAUUGUUUCUGUGGCCUUGUUUAUUUGUUGUGCUCAUUUUAAAGACUUUUUAAUCAAAUAUAUUAAAAGUAUGUGACAGCAGA